CGCUGCGGCCCUUCCGUGCGCUCGCCUCGGCAUGCCCAGCCGCCCCCAGAGGAAGCUGAGGUUCAGGUUGGCCGCGCACGGAGCAAAGGCAGCCUGAUGCUUUGCCGUGCGGAGCCUCCUCUAAAGGCUGAGCGCGCGUGCCGAGCGGCAGGACGAAGGAAGGAGCCGGGCAGUCCUGCCGGAGGGACGGGGAAGAGAGGCGAUGCCAGCCUGCCCCUGGCGCUGCCAGCCGGGCACGUGGCGGCGCUGCUGACUCCCAGCCGCGGCGGACGGAUCCGGACGGACGGGCCGCCCGGGGCGCAGCACGCUGGGGAGGAGAUGGGCAGCGGCGUCGGCGUGGCCCGUCGUAAGGACUCGACGGCAGCAGAGCCGCUGUGAAGGGGUGCCAACAGAUGCCCUGAUGUUUGCCCUUCUUUGCAAAUACCGAGUCUAUCUGAGAUUGGCAAAUGCACUGACGGUAGCUGUGAAGCCCCAGUAGGAGAAUGAGUGAGGGGGACAUCCGAAGCUUGAGCAAAGGGGUAUUGGUGCUCUCUCUCUGCCUUAUAACGCUAUGGGGAAGGCUGACGCUGGCCUCAUCACACCACAGAAGCCAUUCAGAGGCAACGAACAGACAGAAAUCCUGGGUUCUGAUGCAGCAAAGCACAGCAAAUGUGACAAAGAAUCAAGAAGGGGUAUACCAGUUUGUUGGAAGGAGCAUUCAAUCAUUGCACAUAGAGCCUGGCACAUGUGAAGUCAUUGCUGCCCACAGAUGCUGCAAUAAGAACAAGAUUGAAGAGCGCUCACAAACAGUGAAAUGUUCCUGCUUUCCAGGUCAGGUGGCUGGGACAACACGUGCUGCUCCUUCGUGUGUAGACGCCUCAAUAGUGCUUCAGAAGUGGUGGUGCCAAAUGCAACCAUGUCUAGAAGGAGAGGAGUGUAAGGUGCUACCUGAUUUGUCCGGAUGGAGCUGCAGUACUGGAAACAAAGUAAAGACAACCAAGGUCACACGGUAGAUUUGGGAAGAUCUACCUGAUAGCAUCUGUGUUGACAUGACCAACAUGAUGAAAAUGGCACAACAUGGCUUUUGUUCAGGUGCGAGAUGUUCCUUGUGUGCUCUGCCGAGCUGGAAAGAGGAGGACUUCCUUGGCACCGGGUAGAAUGCAGCUGUGCUGGUACAGGAUGGCUAUUCUUCAUGUGCACUUUAAUGUUCUUCCUUUAGUGCAACUGCUAAGGGAAUGGUGCCACAGUUUUCUCCCUCCUGCUAGAACAGCACCAAGGAUUACAGAAAAGGGUUGACAUGCCUGUCUGGGCAGGGAUCUUGGAAAAUGCCCCUUGUUUUGAAGAUUAAAAUAUUGCAUCAACUACUGAUUCAGUGCAGCCUCUGAGGUAUUUAACCAUCAAUUGCUACUAAGUCUACAAUAAUGGGUCUUGAAUGCAAGAACUCCCUUCUGCUCAAUGUUUACUCUCCAUGCCAUGGAUAUACCUGCAAGAAAAAACAAAUUUCUUCCCCUCCUACUCAACUGAAUGUUGGAAUUGCAUAGAAUCUCUUGAUGGCUACAAAGGAAAAAGCAGCUUUCCUUCCUUUUUGUUCUCCUGUGUCUGUAGGUUGGCUAUGAUGAUUGCUGAGAGAAUCAAGGUGUUGUGUGGGUAUCUCAUUUUCGGUUUUAAAAAACCAGUGCAAAAUAUUCCCAAUUUUUGUUUUGCUGUUUUCAAAGCAGAUAGGCUUUGAGUAAGGGUUUGAAAAAAAUGAACCACAUUCCAAUGUCUGUGUGGUGUGAAACUAGAGGAACUCCAAGGAAGACCAUGGAGUUGCUCCAGCAUUUAUCCAGAUACCCAGUUUCAGAUUGUGAACCUGAAGUUAUAGGAUCUACAGCUUAGAUAACAAUUUGUUAGACCUUGUUGGAAACACUGGUGAGAAGAACAAAUAGUCAUAGAGCAUUCUGAGGUUGUUGUCUCCCCGCCCUCACAAGGAGCAAGAAGUGUUAUCUCUGAUUUCCUGCCCCACCCCCAGCUCGAUAAUUACACUAAUCAGGCUUACUGUCCCUUCUUUUUUCUCCUUCAAAGUUAUACAGAAUAAAAUUAUUUUUAGUAUAAAAUAAUACAAGUUUGGUAAGAUUGGAAGGGAAUGUCUUCUUUCUCUGUCUGGUACAGUUUGACUCUUACUCAGAGGUCUGAAGCAGCUUAAUUACAUUUAAUAUUAAAUAAAGACUUGUACCUGGCAACUCUGAGUGCAGAUCUCUUUCAGUGACCAAAUUAUUGCUCUUAAUAAUCUGUUCCUUCAAACAAUAAAACAUAUUAUUAGGACUAUGUUAAACUCUUCAGUGGCUGAUCCCAUUGCUGUUUCUCUUCUGAUAUCAAAGGAGAAAUUCCCCUUUGGUAGGGUUAGAGCAAGACUUUGGAGAUGUUAUUUUCUAAAGAGGAAAAUCAAAGGAUGCACAGAGAAAUGGCAUAUGUGAUUUGUCUCAAGACUUGAUUCAUAAGAAAUCUGAUGCCCAAAGUGACAAUGCAUAUUCAGAAUUUAGCACAUUACAGCAAAUAGGAACAUCAGACAUUGUGAAGGGCUAGGUUUUCUUUAAUGUGAGUUGCUGUUGCUCUUUCCAAGUAGGUGUUGAGAUCCUCUCUAUGUUACCCAACAUCCAUAAACACUUUCCGUGUGUCUGUCUUGUCAUGGCUACCUUGACUCAUGAAGGUCUAUUGAUUUAAUUGGGGGGUGAGAGUGGUUACAUUACUUUAUAUAGUAUAACCCAAAAUGAACAUCUAAUGAGGCCUAAAAUGAGAUGGAUGUCCCCAGAGAGAAUGGAAUGGGCAAACAGCUGGACCUUCAGAACUCUGACCUGUCCUAUUUUGCAGUGGCCUGGCCUCCAUGCUGUGACUGUACAACCUGCUGACUUUGUUAUCUAAACGUUUUUUGUAACAGACCAUGUUAUACCUGCUUCGGAUGCGAUGUAAAUACCAGACUGUGAAAUAUUAAAAGUUCGUUUUAAUCUCUGCAA